GCACAUGCUCGCGAAGCGCAUGGAAACAAAUCUGAUCAUGAUCAUGUCAUGCAACAGCAACGGAACACCUCUACAUGGAUAGAUUAUAAACUGUUAUAGUUGUUUCAAAUGUGUAAUUCCGCGCUGAUCUAAUUGAACACUUUUUAGGAUGUUAGCCGUUCUAGACAGUUGCAGAGACAUUCACGUUGCUCUUGAGUCGCUGGAAAUAUAAAUUAUGCUGGUCUUCUGUUUUCUACCUGCUAUUGAGUAACGUGAAAAUGAUCCCUUGCUGCAUUAGAAGGCGUUUUCUGCUUUUAGCCCAAAAAAUACCUCAAUAUCAUCAGAAUAGAUUUAAGUGUAGUGCAGAAACUAGCGAUGACAGCUCUGAUCAAACCAGCCUGCUGAUGCGACUCUGCGCUGAUCGCUAUUACGUUUCUCCUGGUGUUUUUCACAGCAGAACCUGUACAUAUGGACCUUUAGGAACAGAACUGAAGAAAAACAUUCACGAACAGUGGUGGACGUCUGUAGUCAGAUCAAGAGCAGAAGUGCUGGGGAUUAAUACGUCACUGUACGGCGGAACAUGUCAGGAACCUGUCAGGAUUGUUAACUGUGGGGCCAUUCAAGAAAUUCUCAACCAGAACAGUUUCACUAAAGAAGAAGCAACUCAAAAGAUUCAAAAACUUCUUCAAGAUAGUGUGCCUGUUCGGACGAGUCUCCUGCAAGGUGCUUUGCAGCAGUAUAUUCAGGCUUUGGAGCUUGUAAAUAGGAAAUUGCCCUUUGGAUUAGCAGAGAUAGGUUGGUGCCAUCGACCCGAUGAACAGCUCAGACAUGCACCCUUUUGUUCCUCUGAGGUAACUGAAUCGUUGCUGGUCUGGUUCUGUUCUCCUCGUACCUCCUCACAGUGGAUGGAUUUCUGGGCUCGUCAGAGACUGCAGUGGUGGAGAAAGUUUGCUUUAGGUCCGUCUGACUUUAGUAUGUGUGAUGUGGUGGAUGAGGAACUGAAAGAGGGGGCAGCUCGUGGCAUCAAAGUCCUUUAUAAAUUCCCCUGGGGCCCAGAGACCCUGGAGACACUUUGGAGCCUGGGGGAUUCUCAUCUGCUGAAGACUCACCAAGGAACUGGCACAAAACUACGGUGUAGAGAUGGAAGGAAGUCUGUAGUUCCUCAUGUUAUCUCUAUCAGUGGGAAUAUGGACCUAGGCAUGCUGUCUUACCUGUUUAACUCACUACAGCUGCUGAAGAAAACUGACCGAAAUAUGAAACUUUAUCAGAGGACAGCUUUGAAGCUGCAUCCCACUUUAACUCCUGUGAAAGUGGCCCUGGAUAUGGGACGGGGCUCUAAUUUAGAGCUUAGACAGGUUUGUGAAGGUCUGCUCCAAGAGUUUCUUGACGCUGGAAUUUCCACCUGGCCUGGAUACCUGGGCACAAUGCUAUCAUCUCUGGAGAAUUUACAUACAAAGUAUGAUGAGAUGGGUGUCCUCUUCACAGUGAUGGUCAGUGAAAGCACACUAAAGAAUGGCCUUCUGCUGAUCCGCAACAGAGACACCACCAUCAGAGAGACUAUGCACAUCUCUGAGAUCAAACACUUCCUGCUCAAAUACAUAUCUGCCUCAGACAAUCUCUGAUUUUUCUCAUUGGAGUCUCAAAGAUACACAGCCUUGUACUGUAAUUAAUAAUAUAAUUAAUAUUAGUCUUUUGAUAUUUAUGUUUGAAAUAAAAUUACUGUUACCAAAUUGUUUUUCUACUGGUGUAAAAUGUUGUUGUACGGUAUAUCAUUGGUAAAAGUUCUUUAUGUUAAAGAAAAAGAAGUGAAUAUAGAUUUCAUAUACAGACAUCAUCUCAGCUCCUGAGGCAUGAUGGGAUAGAACAGUGUACAGUGGAUGAGCACUUCAGAAUCUCGCCAGAAGUAGAAGGUCAUCCGGGUAUUUCACGAUUAUUGUUUUAUGAAUAUUGAGGAUUCGGACAUACAGUACUACUCAUUGGCAUGUUUUUGGUAUACUAUAUAGCAGGGAAAUACUGUAUGCAUAUUUGGGCACAGCUAGAGAUUUUUGAGCAUUACCCCAAUUUUGCGUUGUAUUAUAAACAUCCCUAGCAACGUUCUAAAAUGUAUUUUCUAAUGUGCUCAAUGUUAUGCGCAUGCCUGUUUACAUUAUAACAUCAAAAGCAGAGAACAAUCCAAUGAUUUCAAGUCUCAAGUAAACACAGAGUAACAGUUGUCUUCCUUUGUUGGAUUUUGUGUCUCAUCAAAAAUGUAUAUUUUUGGACUGAGCUGAAUAUUUGGAGACAAUCAAACACAGGACACCACCCAAAACAUACCAUACCUACUGUGAAGCAUGGUGUAGGCAAUUGUAUGUUGUGGAGGUGUUUCUAUUAAGCGGGGACUGGGGAGAUGAUCAGGAUUGAAGGGAAAUGAAUGCUGCCAUGUACACCCUUGGAUGGACUUGAAGAGAGCAAUCCAGUAAUUUGACAGAAUUUUAACAAUUGUGCAAGGAAGAAUGGGCAAAUAUUCCCCAAUUUAGGUUUGCAAAGCUAGUAGAGACAUAUCCAAACCUACUGAUGGUUGUCAUAAAAGCAAUAGGUAGCUCUACUAAGUAACUCCAUGGGUAUGAUCACUUUUCAAACCCUGUUAUUCUUGUUUUUCAUCUUUUAUACAUGUUUUGGAACCGUUACCUUUUUUUUUUACUUGAAUAUUUUAAGGAAAACAUUUUAAAAAAGGUGAAAUAUAUAAUGUUUAAUGGGGUUUGAUUUCAGGCUGUAAGACAAAUAAAGUGACUAU